AUGACUACCGAUCUUUUAUCUUCAUCACAAGUCAAUGACUUUGACUAUGUCAUUGUUGGAGGUGGAACGGCAGGAUGUGUUAUUGCUAGCAGACUUUCCGAAUAUUUACCCAAUAAGAAGAUUCUUAUGAUCGAGGGCGGUCCAAGUGAUUUCAAUAAUGAUAAAGUAUUGAAGCUCAAGGAAUGGCUCACGUUACUUGGUGGAGAGUUGGAUUAUGACUAUGGAACCACCGAGCAACCAAAUGGAAACUCAUACAUUAGACACUCACGUGCUAAGGUUCUUGGAGGCUGCUCUUCUCACAAUACCCUGAUAUCAUUCCGUCCAUUCGAGUAUGAUUGUCAAAUUUGGGAGAGUUUAGGAUGUAAAGGAUGGGGAUUCAAGACUAUGAUGCGUCUCAUUGAUAACCUCCGCAAUCAAACCAACCCAGUUCAUCCACGUCACAGAAAUCAAAUUUGCAAGGAUUGGGUUCAAUCUUGCUCUACUGCCAUGGACAUUCCCAUCAUCCAUGAUUUUAACCACGAGAUCCGUGAAAAGGGUGCCCUCGAACAAGGUGUAGGUUUCUUCUCAGUAUCCUACAAUCCAGAUGAUGGACGAAGAAGUUCCGCAUCUGUCGCUUACAUUCACCCAAUUCUCCGGGGAGCCGAGAGUCGACCAAAUUUGACCAUCCUUACCAAUGCAUGGGUCAGCAAACUCAACUUCGACUCCAACAAAACCGUCAAGAGCGUAAACGUCACCUUGAAAUCCGGCGAGAAACUCACCGUCUCUCCCAAGACCGAAACUAUCCUCUGUGCUGGCGCAGUCGAUACCUGUCGUCUCAUGCUACUUUCUGGAGUUGGCCCCGCCCAACAACUCAAAGACCUCGGUAUCCCCGUCAUACACGAUCUUCCCGGUGUAGGGGAAAACCUCAUCGACCACCCAGAAUCCAUCAUCAUGUGGGAACUCAACGCCCCAGUCCCACCACAAACAACCAUGGACAGCGACGCAGGGAUAUUCCUCCGUCGAGAACUCCCCAACGCCGCCAAAAACCACACUCACCCAGAACUCAACCCUAAAGGACUCCCAGACGGCACCAUCGCAGACAUCAUGAUGCACUGCUACCAAAUCCCCUUCUGUCUCAACACCGCUCGUCUCGGCUACGACGCCCCUCUAAACGCCUUCUGCAUGACCCCCAACAUCCCACGUCCCAGAUCAAGAGGACGCAUCUACUUAACCUCAUCCGACCCCUCCAUCAAACCCGCCCUCGAUUUCCGCUACUUCACCGACCCGGAAGGCUACGAUGCAGCCACCAUCGUCGCAGGUCUCAAAGCCGCCCGCGAAAUCGCAAAGAAACCUCCCUUUUCCAACUGGCUCCUCCGCGAAGUAGCUCCCGGUCCCGAAAUCCAAUCCGACGAGCAGCUUUCAGAGUACGGGAGAAAAGUAGCUCAUACCGUGUAUCAUCCUGCCGGAACGACUAAAAUGGGCAGUGAAGAGGAUAAGAUGAGUGUGUGUGAUGAGAAAUUAAAGGUUAGGGGAUUGAAGGGAGUGAGGGUGGCGGAUGCGGGGGUUUUUCCUACGAUGACGACGAUUAAUCCCAUGUUGACUGUUUUGGCGAUUGGGGAGAGGGCGGCGGAGAUGAUUGCUCAGGAGGCGGGGUGGAGGGGGAUGGUGGAACCGAGGUUGUAG